AUGGAUGGAUGGAUGGAUGGAUGGAUGGAUGGUUGGUUGGUUGGUGUGGUUACCCAGGAUGAUUGUAGGGGAAUUCUCAAAUACAACAAGAGCAAAAAGAGAGAGGAUACAGAAAGAGAGGAAAGAAAAGAAUUACAAGAACGUGUAGAUUAUAGUUGUUUGAAUUUGGCAACACUUUCAGAGUACUCUUGCAACAACAACAACAAUAACAACGCGACAAGACACCAAAAACCAUACACCGCCAAAUUUACUUUUGAGUAA